UUGCCUCUUACCUCAGAUAAAUUAUUUUCCUCAAUUUCUUCACUUUUCACAUUUCACUAUCAAGUGAAACUUGAAACAAAACAGGAACCCAGCUUUCAUUCAAAUUGCGUUUCUGGGAUCGCCGAUGCUGGAUCGCUAUUCUGCUCUAGUGAUAGUCUACACAGCAACCAAGUGGUCAUCGCUAAUAGUGCUGAGCUAAGCUGCGUUGGCGGUAUGAACCACAAAGCCACUUCUACCACUUUAAAGCUAUAUGAACGUCGAUCCAGCCUCAACAGUUCUAAUGUGUCCGAGCUACGUUCUUCUCGCUCUUCGUUCUCCGAUUUGUCGAUAUUUGCCAAGAACUCACACCUCCUUACCGACUUGAAUUCAGAUAGCCCAAAAGCCAACGAUUCAGAAAUCGACUCGUCGAGCACCAUGGGUGACAUUAAAAAUAACUUUUAUGAGGUAUCAGUGAAGAUGGCUAGUCAUGCCUGGAGGGGGAUGAGGGAUGCAUCGUCUUGGCGAAGGAAUAUUUCUCAAGAUAAGAAUGUAACCCUGGUCAAGCUAAAGUUGCGACAAGCUCAGCUUCGUCGGUCGAGGUCUCUUGAAGGGCUUAACGGACAAGUGAUCACUUGUUAA